GGAAGAGCCCGGCCGCGGCGCUAUCACUGACGUGUCUCUCGGCGAGGCGCGGCGCCCCGGACCAGGCCGGGCGGGCAGUAGAGCCGCACUCGCAGCGCAGCGGAGCCGGAGCGCGACCCGGAGCCCGACCUGGAGCCCAGCAGCCGCCGCCAUGGCGAUCAAGUUUCUGGAGGUCAUCAAGCCCUUCUGUGUCAUCCUGCCAGAAAUUCAGAAGCCGGAGCGGAAGAUUCAGUUUAAGGAGAAAGUGCUAUGGACUGCCAUCACCCUCUUCAUCUUCUUGGUCUGCUGCCAGAUCCCCCUGUUUGGCAUCAUGUCUUCAGACUCAGCCGACCCUUUCUAUUGGAUGAGAGUGAUCCUUGCCUCGAACAGAGGCACAUUGAUGGAGCUUGGUAUCUCUCCCAUUGUCACUUCUGGCCUCAUCAUGCAGCUCUUGGCUGGCGCCAAAAUAAUUGAAGUUGGUGACACCCCAAAAGACCGAGCCCUCUUCAACGGAGCUCAGAAAUUAUUUGGCAUGAUCAUCACCAUUGGCCAGUCCAUCGUGUAUGUGAUGACGGGGAUGUAUGGAGACCCUUCUGAAAUGGGGGCUGGGAUCUGCCUGUUGAUCACCAUACAGCUCUUUGUUGCUGGCCUGAUUGUUCUGCUUCUGGAUGAACUUCUGCAAAAGGGGUAUGGCCUGGGCUCUGGGAUCUCCCUCUUCAUUGCCACAAACAUCUGCGAGACCAUCGUGUGGAAGGCUUUCAGCCCUACCACUGUCAACACCGGCCGAGGAAUGGAGUUUGAAGGUGCCAUCAUUGCCCUGUUCCACCUGCUGGCCACACGCACGGACAAGGUCCGGGCCCUUCGAGAGGCCUUCUACCGCCAGAAUCUCCCCAACCUCAUGAAUCUGAUUGCCACCAUCUUUGUCUUUGCCGUGGUCAUCUACUUCCAGGGCUUCCGCGUGGACCUGCCGAUCAAGUCAGCCCGUUACCGAGGCCAGUACAACACCUACCCUAUCAAGCUCUUCUAUACCUCCAACAUCCCCAUCAUCCUGCAGUCUGCCCUGGUGUCCAACCUGUAUGUCAUCUCCCAGAUGCUGUCCGCCCGCUUCAGUGGCAACCUGCUGGUUAGCCUGCUGGGCACCUGGUCUGACACUUCUUCCGGUGGCCCAGCACGUGCUUAUCCUGUUGGCGGCCUUUGCUAUUACCUGUCCCCUCCAGAGUCUUUUGGCUCUGUCUUGGAAGACCCCGUCCACGCCGUCGUGUACAUAGUGUUUAUGCUGGGCUCCUGUGCCUUCUUCUCCAAAACCUGGAUUGAGGUCUCAGGCUCCUCUGCCAAGGAUGUUGCAAAGCAGCUGAAGGAGCAGCAGAUGGUGAUGAGGGGCCACCGAGAGACCUCCAUGGUCCAUGAGCUCAACCGGUACAUCCCCACUGCUGCGGCCUUUGGUGGGCUGUGCAUCGGGGCCCUCUCCGUCCUGGCUGACUUCCUGGGCGCCAUCGGGUCUGGAACUGGGAUCCUGCUCGCGGUUACCAUCAUCUACCAGUACUUUGAGAUCUUUGUAAAGGAGCAGAGCGAGGUUGGCAGCAUGGGGGCCCUUCUCUUCUGAGCUGUGGCUCCUGGACCAGGCAGGCAGUGUGCUCUGCAGUGGCUGAAAAGGGAACAACGAAGCCACACUGUGGGUGCUUAUCUUGAGCGCUGCUGUGGCAGAGACUUGGGUUUAGUAACAUGUUUGAACUUCAUAUUCUUUCAUUCCACUUUCUAAAGUGCUCGAAAUUUUCCAAUUUGAAAUUUUGCUUUUUACUCUGGCACUGGCAUCAGAACUGUAGAAGUGAGGUCUUAAGCUGCCAGUGGUAGGGGUGCUGAGUGCCUGUGCCCAGGUCCAUGUAACUUUUGUAACCAUUGCACCUUCUCGGCGCUGUAUGUGACUGCAGUGGUCUCAGCUGUUCCUCUUGAAGGGACUGUCUUACUGGUUAGAAGCACAAACAUUGUUGAAAUGUCCUCACCCUGGGUGCAGGAGGGCAGACGGCUGGGAGCAGGUCGGUUUUCUGGUGUGUGUGGGUCGCUCGCUGGUGGGUCCCCUUACAAUCAGGGGCAGGAACACCUGGCUUAAAACUGUUUCUCUGGAAAACACAAUUGUUUUCCCUUUUUAGAGUAGUUUUUUAGGGCAGAGCUUCUUCCAAAAGAAAGGGAUGAAUGUCCAGAAGACACUCUUGGCUCAUCUGCAUGUUUUUCUACCUUUGCCUAUUGGCUAUUCUUGGCUGGCCUGGUCGGGCUCUGCUGUCUCUGCUUUGCUGAGCCUGUGUCCUCUGCUGGAGCCAGGCCGCAAUGCUGUAGCUUUACAGAGUCACACAGCCAUCGUGCAGAGGACCCCAAGUGGUCUGUGCAGUUCCUCUGCUGUCACUGGCUUUGCUCCUGUGGUGUGUCCCCUUCCCACCUGGCCAAGGGGAAGCACCAUGGCCAGCCUCAGAUGCUAACUUCUAGGCUCAGGACUUCCCACUUGUAUUUUCAGAAUGUUUUUACUGUGCUUAUUAGGACCAAAUGCAAGUGAAGUAAAUGACAAGACACCUCGGUCUGUCUGCAUUUCAGCAGAACUGCCCAGCAGAGACGGCACAGGCACAGGCUCUAGAUUCAUGGUGAAAUCAGUGUCAGAGAUUUUUUUUUUUAUGAGAUUCUCCAAUGUUUGCUAUAAAAAAAAGACUCACAAUUAUGUAUAAGUUGACCCAGAUCUUAGGUCCUCUUGGGGACCAGCCACACUCAGCAGCAGGAUGGCAGUCAGGUGCUGCAGCCUGAGGGCUUCUCACCAGAGGACACCCCAGUUCUAAGUUGGGAACCCCAGGGGCCAGUUCAGUCCUGAGCUGAGAUACCUCACCAGCAGCGGGCACACAAUGGCCUUCAAAGCACAGAGCCAGCAGAGGUGGUAAACUUGGCACCCAUCUGAGUCCAGAGGGCCUGCAAGACCUUACUGGCCAUGCCGCCUGCCUGGGAAACAGACCAGCCAACAAGAAGAGGCUUGCCUGAUGUCACCUGGCAAGUCCGCAGAGAGCCAGGCAGGCCUGCGGACUGGGGCGUCCACCAUACCAUACGUGGCCUUGUCCGACCCAGUCCCGAGUGGAGACCUGACAUGACCCCCACCCCCACUAGUCCUGCUGCAGCCUGACCACUGUGGCUCAAAUUCCUACCCCACGGUCACUGGCUACAGAGCAGUGGUGGGAGUGAGGGCUGAUCCUUAGCUUCCAGGGACUGUCACUGUGGACGCCAAAAUGGCAUAACUGAGAUAAGGUGAAUAAAGAGACAAAUAAAACCAACUUUUUACAA